AGAUGAACAAAAUUUUUUUUUUGCAAAAUUGGUAAUUGGUCCACGUGGCCUGUAAAAGUGGUAAGAAGGUGCUAUAUAAAGCUAUCUAGGGGAGCUGGAGUGACCUACAAUAGAUCAAGAUGUCAGAGGAUGAUUUCCCCAAAAGCCCUUCACCUUCAGACUCUGAAGGUGAGGGGGCGGGGUCAGAAAACCAUAAAGAUCUACUGUCUGCUAUUAGCACACUGGGAAAGAAGAGGAAGAGAGUGGGUCAGAGAAGCGAGGCAGCUGGUCAAGUAUCAGAGCAUCACCUUGACACAGGGACGUCAGGUGGUGUAAGUGUGGGGGCGUUACUGGCAGGUGUCAAGACCCCCUCAUUGGCCGCUCUACAUCAACGUCUGGCUAGUGCCGAGGAUAAGGGGAAACCCCUGCCCACCCCCCUCUCCAGAGUGAGGGCUGAUCAGAUCCAACGAGGGGUUGCGUACGUGGAGAGCUCUAAACAGGUGGCCAAGUGGGCCCCAAUCGUCAAGAAGAACAGAGAGGCCGAGCACUUGUCGUUUCCCCUGCAAGAGGAUCGAGUUGCUCCGCCUUCUCUCUCAACCAAAGUGGACAACUUCAAGCCGCAGUCUGAUUUUGAGCUCCAAAUAGCGAGUGUUCUGGCUGGAAGUGACAAUGUGGAGGUUGAGAAUGAAGAGCUGACUAAAGCAGAGAGAGAGUCUCUUACUCGCCUCUCGCUGGAGGAGGCAACCGAGCGGAGGAGAGAGCUACAGAAGAUGAGAGCCCUCAUGUCCUAUUAUGAACAGAAAGCCAAACGAACUAAGAAGAUCAAGAGCAAAAAGUUCCAUCGUAUCCAACGCAAGAAACGAGAGGCCAUACAAGCCAAGCUUCCUAUUACCGAGGGGGAGGAGGAAGAGGGCGUGGCUGACAAGGCAGAGCGGCUGAGGGCCGAGGAGAGGAUGACACUGAAACACAGUCGAAUGUCCAAGUGGGCCAAACAACAGCUGACCAGAGUGCACAAAGAGAGCUCAACACAGGAGGCAUUGUCUGAGCUCCACUCCAAGGGACAGUCCCUCAAGACCAAAGCCCCACAAGACUCCAGCAGCAGUGAGGAGGAGGAUGAUCCAUCAGAUACAGAACUGGACAUUUUAGAUGAGCCGAGUAGCCAUGGCAACCCCUGGCUACAACACUCGGACAGUGCUGUUAGUAAGACCACAUACCCCCAGAUAGUGACCCCCUCGCUCACUAGCCCCCUCGUCAGGGGGGUAGUGAUGUCCGACCUACCCCCAGACCAGCUGGGGAAUGUGGCAGAGGCCUUUGCUGGAGACGAUGUUGUUAGACAGUUUACGGAAGAGAAACAGCAGCUGCUGGAGGACAGCAAGGCGUUGACCCUUGACCUCACGUUGCCGGGUUGGGGUGUGUGGGGUGGAGAGGGGGUCAAGCCUCCACGAAAGGCAAGAAAGAUUGUGAAGAAGAUCCCUGAGAAACCAAGGAGAGAUGCACAUAUCAAGAAUGUCAUUAUCUCAGAAAAUACUGACAAAAAGAUUGACAAACAUCUGGUGAAGGGAUUGCCAUGGCCGUACACUUCGAGAGACCAGUACAACAGGACCCAUUCUGGCCCUCUAGGCAGACAUUGGAACACUGAGGCCACCUUCCACUCUGUCAUUAAGCCACGAGUCACCACGGCAACAGGUUGUGUUAUUGAACCACUCAAGCUCACGGAGGAUGUGCAAGAAUUCAUGAAACGCACUCAAAAAAAGAACAAGACUUUGGUAGCUAAAAAACGAAAGAACUUGACAGCUUAAUUUAUCCUCUGAUUUCUGUGUAAGUGCACUUUUGAGUAUUGUUUUCAAUAAAAUGUCGCCCACGGGAAUGUGCGGUUUAUUAUUC